UUCGAGGCCUAGUGGCGGGAUGGCGGGGGCUGAGGGCGGGGCGCUGGACCGCCGUACGUCCGGGUCUGCGCGGUGCCGCUGAGUCGGUCACUUGCCAGCUGUCGGAAGUUUGCCCGUCCGUGUGGCGGAUGGGGCACAGCGUGGCAGCCCAGGGGGCCAUCGGAGCUGUGCCCUGGUAACUCUCUGCUGCUAAAUAUAGUCAAAGCAGUGACCUGAGUCCUUCAUCCAUCCACGCGGUGCGUGCCCGGCGCCCGUGCCAGCCCCAGAGCUUGACGCUGUGGGAUAAACCAGAACUAAGGCGGCAUGGACCUGCCUGUGGACAAAUGGAAAGCCUACCUUCUUGACAAGUGGACUCUACUCCCGAAGGCUGUGCAGGACACAGUUUCUACAGCAGAGACGCUGAGCGACAUCUUUCUUCACUCCGCCUCCCUCCUUCAACCUGAAGAUGAGAUGUUUUUAAAGCGACUUUCUAGUGCUUACUUGGUGGAAAAGGACCCCGAUGCUCCCCUUUUCUACAGAGAAGAAGGAAACAGGAAAUUCCAGGAGAAGGACUAUGCAGGCGCUGCAGUGCUGUACUCUAAGGGAGUGUCGCAUUCAAGGCCUAACACUGAGGGUAUUUCACUGUGCUAUGCCAAUCGCUCUGCAGCCCUCUUCCAUCUGGGUCAGUAUGAAGCAUGUCUUAAAGACAUAGUGAGAGCAGGAAUGCAUGGGUAUCCUGAAAGACUGCAACCCAAGAUGAUGCUGCGGAAGACAGAAUGCCUGGUGAACCUGGGGAGACUACAGGAGGCGAAGCAAACCAUCACUGACCUUGAAAGCAGCCUCGCUGCCAAGCCAACACUGGUACCUUCCUCUCAUCACAUUCUGCAGAAGAGCCUCCAUCAUCUGAAAAUGAAGAUCCAGGACAAGGAGACCCUCCCAGAAACCUUCCCAGCAGCUCUCAGCAGAGCCUUUGAGGAUAUGGCCCUGGGGGAAGAGAACAGACAGAUUUCUGGGGCAUCCCACUCUGUCAGCUUACACACAGACCCUUUGAAAGGUCGCCAUCUAGUUGCCACAAAAGACAUUCUCCCAGGAGAGCUCCUGGUGAAGGAGGAUGCUUUCGUAAGUGUCCUUAACCCAGGAGAAAUGCCACCACUGCAUCAUGGCCUAGAAAACAAGUGGGAUACCAGAGUCACCAAUGGAGACCUCUACUGUCACCGGUGUCUGAAGCACACUUUGGCCACAGUACCGUGUGGCGGCUGCAGCUAUGCCCGGUACUGCAGCCAGGAAUGUAUGCAGGAGGCGUGGGAGUGUUACCAUAGCACAGAGUGUCCUCUGGGGGCGCUGCUUCUCACGCUUGGGGUCUUCUGCCAUGUGGCCCUGAGGAUGACUCUUUUAACCAGAUUUGAAGAUGUUGACGGAGUUGUCGGGGUGCUUUGUGAUGAGACCGGUAACAAAGACAUCUGUUUACCUGGAAACAAGAGUCUGGUCAGGACAUUUGAUUAUUCAGAUCAGGGGGAGAGUGAAGAGAACUGCAAAAAAGGUGAAACCCCAGUUCCUGGAUGCAGUGCCAGUGGGAAGUAUGAAAGUAAUUAUAAUGCUGUCUUCAGCCUUUUGCCUCACACUGAAAAACACAGCGCGGAACACAAAUUCAUCUGUGCCGUCAGUGUCUCUGCACUCUGCAGGCAGCUCAGAGCAGCCAGCUCGCAGACCCAGAGUGGGAGCUUCAAGUCCUCCAGGGGGAGAGCCGUGUCUCCAGGACUGUGUGCAGACGUGACCAUCUGGGGACUGGCCAUGCUGCGACACAUGCUCCAACUACAGUGCAAUGCCCAGGCGAUAACCUCCGUGUGGCACACAGGGUCUAAAGAGAGCAUCGUUACCAGGAGCAGGCAGGUACGCCUUGCCACGGGCGUCUUCCCUGUCGUCAGCCUCCUGAACCACUCCUGCAGCCCCAACACUAGUGUGUCCUUCGCUGGCACUGUCGCCACCGUCCGGGCAGCACAGCCCAUCAGAAGGGGACAGGAGAUUGUGCACUGCUAUGGGCCUCACGAGAGCCGGAUGGGUGUCGCCGAGAGGCGGCGGAAGCUGAGUUCUCAGUACUUCUUUGACUGCAGCUGUCCAGCCUGUCACACUGAGACGCUCAGAGCGGCCGCAGAGCCCAAGUGGGAAGCCUUCUGUUGUAGCAGGUGCAGAGCGCUCAUGCAGGGAAAUGAUGUGCUGAGCUGCAGCAACGAAUCUUGCCCAGAAUCCGUCAGCAAGGACCACCUGGUCUCCCGCCUCCAGGACCUUCAGCAGCAGGUUUGCGGGGCCCAGAAGCUCCUCCGGAAUGGUAAACUAGAGCAAGCCAUUCAACAGUUGUUGGGAUGCCGGGAGGCUGCCGAGAGCUUCUUGUCAGCAGAGCACACCACUGUGGGGGAAAUUGAAGAUGGCCUGGGCCAGGCCUAUGCUGCCUUAGGAGACUGGCGAAAGUCUGCUGCCCAUGUCCAGAAGAGUGUCCGUGUGGUUGAAGCUCGCCAUGGGCCAUCCAGCAUUGAAAUUGGCCAUGAGCUCUUCAAACUGGCCCAAGUCUUGUUCAAUGGCUUGGCAGUCCCUGAGGCUCUGAAUACCAUCCGGAAAGCGGAAAAGAUCCUGUCGGUGCACUGUGGCCCCGAGAGUGAUGAGGUCCAGGAGCUCCGGGAGAUGAAAUCCUGUCUACUGGAUCUGCCGUUCAUCCCUUCGGGCAGAGGCUUCUCCAUACCCUGAAAGGUGAAGCAAAUACUUAUCUUGCUGCUAGAGAAACCAAGACCUGAGAAAGGAAGGCCAGAGCCCGCCCCGGCCCUAGCACCACCUCCCUGUGCUGGCUCCUCUGCCGCCGCCGGCCGGCCGGGGAGGGCCUAGAACAGCUGCUGCCCGCACCUACCCGCCC